AUGAACAUUCUAAUUAGAGAGAAUUGCAACCAUCCACAAAAGAUAACUAGCCGAGCCAUUGGCAAUUACUUUGAGGCACUAUAUGAUUCUUCAGAUCCAGAAAAGGAGAUGGAUCUAGAACAACCAGUUGUAAGGUUAGAAAGUGUCGACAAGGGAAGUGUUGAAUUUUCGAAAAGUUCUAACUCACCAAUUCAUAGUGGAUUCAACUCUCCAACCGCUAGAAGAUUGAGCAAUAACAGCAGCCAGAGAAGGAGAUCAAAUAGCCGAAAUUCCAGAACAUCUAGUGGCCGCAACGUGAAAAGUUCGAAUGAUAUAUCAUCCUCUUCGAAGAUCUUCAGAAAUCUACUAAUACUAGAGGAUGAUCUAAGAAAGCAAGCACACAGGCAGAAAGUACUCAAAUGGCAGUUUACAAUUUUCCUUUCCUGCCUAAUGGGGGUCGCUGGGUUUGCAUUUUAUGAAUUGUAUUUCACCAAUGAAUCUGUCAAAGGUUUUUACAGGUUCAUUUUACAAUUCACACUACUAUUUAUCACUAUAACAGUUUCACUUUUCCAUUUAAGUGGCGAAUAUAAGAGAACUAUCAUAAUUCCUCGAAGGUUCUUCACAUCCACCAAUAAAGGAAUUAGACAAUUUAAUGUAAAAUUAGUAAAAGUGCACUCCUCAUGGAAUGAAAAGUUUACCGAUUUCAUAAGAUUCACCAGUAGAAAAGUCGCCCAUCUAAAUAUUUAUAUGCUAACAUGUGUGUUACGGUUAAGCCAGGAGAAUAUGUGUGUCAAGUUUUGGAGAAGCGUCACUAUACGAUCACAACCUCGCAUUGGCGCUGUGGACGUCAAACUGAUGUUACAUCCGAAAGCUUUCGGCGCUGAGAUCAGAGAGGGCUGGGAAAUUUAUCGAGACGAAUUUUGGGCAAGAGAGGGCUCGCGAAGACGUAAGCAGACCAUAUGA